CUGCAUUCAGACUUAAAGGAGCGAGAGAGGAGAGCUCUUGUGAGGCACCAUGAAGACUUUGUGUGUUGCUGUUGUUGCACUGAGUCUCAUCUCAGCAUGUCGGCCUUCAUCGUUGGCCUGUGAAAUGUUGCUGCAACCAAUGGAUCAAGAUCCAGAGGUACUUGGGAGAUGGUACGUUAUAGCUUUGUCCUCAAACUACUGCUGGGUAGCGUCAAUGUUCAAUACUGUCCUUGCUCCAAGUAUUCAACUGGAUGUUACCUCAGCUGGAAAACCACACUACUAUGACGUCAACUUUACAUUAAAAGUAUCUGAGUUUUGUGACAGUAAAAGCAUACAAUUCUUCCAAAAGAGCAACAUGGCAGUUGAAGUUCGAUCCAUCGACGAUGUCCCAAAGACUCAAAAAGGUGCGAUUAUUUCCAGUCGAUGUCAAGACUGCCUUGUCAUCAGAGAGGAUGGCUUAGUUAACAUGGUUGCUCUUCUCAGUAAAAGACCAAACGUCACCUCAGCAGAGAUGAAAGAGUUUGAGGUGCAAGCAGAUUGUCUGGGCAUGUACAGACCUCAAGUCCUGAACGCUGAUUUCGAUUUAGAAAACUGCAAACCUUUGACAAAUGUGGAGGUUGAUGAAAAAUUUGCCGCUCAUAUUCCAGUCAGAGUGAGGAACAUGUUCUCAGGACUCUUCACGUGUACUUCAGAAAAACUCCUUUAUUAUCCCCGUGCUAUCUUUGGAUGGGCUCAACACACGUUGAGCAAUAUUUGGUAAACUAAUACAGUGUAAGCGUCCAGGAAUGGUCAUUUUUCAUGUACAGUUUGACCUCUUCAGUAUCCGGUCAUCUACAGACAUAAUUCUGCCUCUGUGUGCCGUCUAAUCUUCCAAGCUGCAAGACAGGUACAGUGUUGUUGACAUAGAGAUUGUUAACAGUGUUCCCUUCACCAAGGUCUUUCUGCCAAGCCUGUCUGCUUAUCUAGUCUGUCCUGCAAACAAUAAAGGAUCGAACCAUUAUAAAGAAUGAAUGUUUAUAAUAAUGAAUACUGAAUGAUGAAAUGAAAUACGUAAAUAAUCAUAUAAGUAUGAACAAGGGGUUAAAUGAAAUGUUUUGAUUAAUCUGUGCCUAAAUUAAUAAGGUUGAAAUGAAUGUGUCCUUGCAAUGAUUUGUUUGUUUUAUAAUCAGUCUACUUGACAAGCCCACACACACGUGCAUAUCUCCAUGACACAACGAUACAGAAAAUGCCACGACAAAUAGAGAUUUUCUAAUCAGAGCAUCUUCUAUCUGAAGGAGUAUUUCUGAGGUUUGUUUGGCAAAACCUCCUUAACAUGGCACGUUGUGAUUUGCCAGAAAUUCAUAACACAGGAAUUAAUAAAACUCAGAUCACUU